UGUAAAAUUAUGUAUUCCACUAAACUAAAAAAAUGACCCUAUAUAUAAAUCUGAAGCUUUGAAUACAAGAAAACUAUCUUGUUUUUUUACAUUACCUGUAUUUGAUCCAAGAGGUUUACUCUGAAUAGAUUAGAGCUGUGAAGAGAGAUGGAAUUUUCAGUGGGCUUGUUGGCGACUGUGGCUGGGAUCCUAGGGACGCUCAUAUCCGUCUUUGCUAGCCUUGUACCUUUGCGAAUGUUCUUUUCUUUGAGAUCAUGCGAGGGUUCUGAGACGGGCCAUUAUGUUGAUGCCAUUUUCAGCUCUGGUCUAUGGGCGGCUUAUGCCUUUUACACUAAUCAACCGAUUGUUCUGUUUGGCAACGUUUUCUCCUUUUCAAUUCAGACAAUCUUUGUCUGUUUGUCCCUCUAUCUUGCUCCUAACAAGGCGCAGGUCAGUGCAGGCCCGGCGGAGAGGGCAAGCCAGUGAAGCCACCGAUUAGGGUCUCAAAAUUUUGAGGGCCUUUUUACCUAAAAAUUUGUUAAGUUUUCUUAUAUACAAUAA